AUGGCCAGGCCUCUGCUGAAAAUCCAACGCUACUUCCGCAGGAAACCUGUGCGCUUCUUCUCCUUCAUCCUCCUCUACCUGGCAGCUGGGAGCCUGGUAUUCCUGCACUCUGGCUUCGUAGGGGACAGCUCCACGGGGGCAAAUGGGGGCCGGGACCCCCUGGUGGCAUCUGGGAUAGGGAACAGGGCGGCCUCCUCAGACGGCCGGGGGGUAGGAAUGAAAGGGAGGGUGUUCAAAGAGACGCGCAGACCCACCCCGCGGAGGUACGGCCCUCCCUGGACGAAAGGGGCUGCUGGGAAGGACAGUCAUGACAGGGAGGGCCGAGGAAUAGACUACACCAGCACCUGGAACCGCGCCCUCAAGGGACGCAACGCCAAAGAUUUGGACGAUGGACGGGGUGAGUCAAAAGUUUAUGUCGAGACACUGAUAGUUGUACAGUACCUACAGUACAUGGUUGGUAUACACUAUAUAUACAAAAGCAUGUGGACACCCCUUUAACCUCUUAAGGAUCUGACCCUUUUUUUUUUAAAAUUUUCGCCCAAAAUGACAUACCCAAAUCCAAUUGCCUGUAGCUCAGGACCUGAAGCAAGGAUAUGCAUAUUCUUGAUACCAUUUGAAAGGAAACACUUAGAAGUUUGUGGAAAUGUGAAAUUACUGUAGGAGAAUAUAACACAUUAGAUCUGGUAAAAGAUAAUACAAACAAAAAAACAUGCGUUUUCUAUUUAUUUUUUGGUUCCAUCAUUGAAAUGCAAGAGAAAGGCCACAAAAGAAUAUUGCAGUUUAGGCGUCCAUCUCCUUCUUGGGUCAUCGGUUGUCAGCGGCAGGGGUGAAGAUGGAGAUUGACCGUGUGUCAGCCGUGCGUAACUGGCAAACCCCAACCACUGUUAAAGAGGUGCAGCAGUUUUUGGGUUUUGCCAAUUACUACCGGAGGUUUAUCCGGGGUUUUGGACAGGUAGCAGCUCCCAUUACUUCCCUGCUGAAGGGGGGCCCGGUGCGUUUGCAGUGGUCUGCUGAAGCGGACAGGGCGUUUUGUAAACUGAAGGACCUGUUCACUUCGUCUCCGGUGCUGGCGCACCCGGACCCCGCUUAGCACGCUCCUAAGCUCCGUCCCUGCGUUUUUUAUUCUAAGAAGCUCAGUCCGGCGGAGCGUAAUUAUGACGUAGGGGACAGGGAGCUGUUAGCUGUGGUUCAAGCCCUAAAGGUGUGGAGGCAUUGGCUUGAGGGGGCUCAACACCCUUUUCUCAUUCUGACUGACCAUCGUAACCUGGAGUACAUCCGGGCAGCUAGGAGAUUGAACCCUCGUCAGGCUAGGUGGAACAUGUUUAUUGUGGGAAGCUUGUGGAAGGCUAGCCAAAAUGUUUGACCCAAGUUAAACAAUUUAAAGGCAAUGCUACCAAAUACUAAUUGAGUUUAUGUAAACUUCUGACCCACUGAGAAUGCGAUGAAAGAAAUAAAAGCUGAAAUAAAUCAUUCUCUUUACUAUUAUUCUGACAUUUCACAUUCUUAAAAUAAAGUGGUGAUCUUAACUGACCUAAAACAGGGAUUUUUUACUAGGAUUAAAUGUCAGGAAUUGUGAAAAACUGAGUUUAAAUGUAUUUGGCUAAGUUGUAUGUAAACUUCCGACUUCAACUGUAAUUGGCCCUUCAGGUGAUGCUUCUCCAGGGCAGGCAGGUCACCCGUAAUACAAGUCAGUAUUUGACUUUCAUCCAUGUCUGAGGACAUUGGGAUUUGGAAACUGGCCAUUAUGGGCAACAGUGAGCACUGUUACCUUCAAGUAGAUUUCGGUGUUGCUAGGACAUUAUGGACGGGGAUGGCGGAUGGGCUUAAGCUUCCACCUCUGAUUCCAAAGGUUGCAUGUUUGAAUCCAGCGAUAGAAAGUUGUUUUUGAUAUUUUUAUUUUAAGCCUAUCCCAAACCUUAACCCUUACCUUAACCAUUUGGAGUUAAUGCCUAAACUUAACCUUAAACACUUCGAAUUUUGAUGUUUGGAACAACUUAAAAAUGUGACGAUUGAGAAACAUGGAUGAACGUCUAAUUCUGACGUGAGACUGUGAGAGCUUGUAGCUCCAGGGAGAUGAAGAACUCUCUCCCAGGGAGAUCUAGAACCAGGGGCUCAGUUAGCUCAGUGGUGCCACCCACCCUGGUCCUCCUUGCCCACAGUCAGUCAACACCCACCAGCAGGCCACUGAGCAUGGUUUUGUCAGGGGGAUAUUCAGAACGUACUGAUUUGCUUUACAGUGAUAGCAGGUUUUCCCUAUAUUUUAUUAUGUAUGUUUACCCAUAUAAUGGAGCUAUCCUUCGCAACAUCUGGUGUAACAUUGUAAGUAUUACCUAGAUACCAAGAUGCCACAGACAAGUGACUUGGAACCAAACCACAAAAUAUAAUUCAAAAACUAAGCUAAUUUAAGUAUUGGCUCAAUCUCUGCCCAUUAGGCUAAUCCGGACUGAUGUUUGAAGGGCUCACACUCCUAACAGAUGGUUUCUAAGCAUAGAUCUCCAAUCUUGGGUAAAAUCCUGCACUGCUCAUUUUCAUGGGCCAUAUGUAGCAUGUCCAUGGCAAUUAACCUUUCCCAAAAAGAGCUGGCUUGAGCUCCUGUGAAGUGAUGUAGAUUCAUUUAGCAUGGGACUCCACAUGGCUGGCUUCUGUGAGCAGCUGGUAGCAGACUGGGAGUGCCAGAAGAGCACAGCACAGCACAGCGCACCGCCCUGAUUCCCUCACAUCUAAUCAUGUUAUCCUCCUCAUUGAUCUUUACAUUCCCCAUACUGGACUUUAAAGUAUAUAGUAGGAUUUGUACCAGAUGACAGUAGUAUAACCAUAGAGAUAUAAUCUAUUUCUAUGAGUAUUACCUUCAUAGUGCAAGGAUACCUACAUAUAGUAAGCCUAUGCAUUAGAGAAAUAGGUAUUACAAGCACAAGCAGUUCCUGAGUGGAAUUGAUUUGCACAGGGAUUGUUUUUGUUGCAUUCAUAUGGUAUUCAUAUGGUAUAUGAUUGUUUUCCAUCUUUCUGAUUGAGAGAAACACAAAACGUGAUUUAUAUAGUACAUGUAUUAUUGCUACGGAUUAUCAGAUCAUAUGAGAGGCCCUCAGUUUGUCUCCAUGUAGUAUGUCCUCUCUGUCUAGGUCCUUGCUCUCUCUCUCUCUCUCUCUCUCUCUCUCUCUCUUCCUCCCUCUGUUCUUUCUCUGUGAAGUGGUAACCCCCACACGACCACAGCAGAGCGCUAGCUGAAAGAGUAAUUAGUGCUUUCAAAGCAGCGCAGCUCCCCUUCAUCCACGACUCCUAUGUGCCACAGUGCUCCACCAUCCCCACCGCCCCCUCAUCACACUCCAGGCCCCUGUCAUGUUCUCGUCAAGAGCAGCCACACCCAACCCGCUCCCCACCAUACACACAUGGGUACGCACACGUAUGCACACGCACACACACACACUGUCUGAAAGAAACAUUAACCAAAUACUGUCUUCCCUGUAUUCAACCACCUCAUCUACCCUGUUUUAAGGAAUAAUCCAGCAAGGGUAUUGUUGUUAUCCAGUACAGAGUAAUUGUAUCUGUUGACAUCCCUCAUGAGGCCAGAACAUUACUGUAUAGUAUAUAAUAAGAUUAUAUAAUAAGAUAAUAACAUUAUUCGAGAGGGGAGACAGUAAGCUCAUACUGUGGCGUCAAACUCAGAGAGGCAGAUUGUUUCUGACGUCUGUUAUUUGUUUGGGAAAUCGAGAGGAAAAACACAGCUGUUUGAAAUGGAACCAUUAUCCAUCACCUGUCAGCACCAGAUCUUCUGAAUGAGAGAGAUGCCUACCUAUCAUCACAGCCCUGAAUACAACUCUAUACAGGUGGCUGAGUGGUUGCCCUGCACUCCUGCCAUUCAUCUGUGUACACAAAGUAUUUGUUCGUACAGUAGAGCAUUUAUAUUAUGUGUCUGUUGUUAAUCUUAUUGCCACAUGACUGUGCUUACGUCACAACCUGCAGAUAUAUACAGUAUCUCUGCUUCCCUGUAUGGCUGCUGAUCUGAUUAUUUAAUUUAAUAAACUCAGCACAAAAACGGAAGGUGGAAGGUCAGCCCCAUUGAAGUGCAGUUCAGUAGAGCUAAAUCACUGCUUCCCUUUGUCAUAAAGCAGAUUAGUGAUCAUGCUCAGUCUGCUGUGCUGCUAUGUCUGGGAGGAAGAUUACUGCAAGGUCCUACAGAGCACCGCAGACUGCCGCUCAACUGCCUUUUAGACCAUUACAAUUACAGUAAUGUGGUGGGUUAGGAUGUGCAUUGUUCAACCCCCCCCCCCCCCCAUUUGGAGAUUGCAGGGGACAGAUGGUGUGGGUUUUGGAUUGGUCUAUCCAGCAUGCUACCUCACAGACAGAGCAGGAAGGAGGUUUGGAAGGAUCAACCAGUCCUAUUGCUGAAGGACAUGAUCAGCCCUCCCUCCCUCCUUACUCACUUUGAAUAAGUCAGAGAGGAAGUGGACUGAGUGCCAUUGCAGUAGCAGGCCACUAGAAGGGGUUGUGUGUCUUUAUAAAUAAACAUGCUAGUCUGGUAUUGAUUCCUUGAGCAGCAGUAUUGCCCUGCAGUGUGUCUGCACUGUAUGGAGCAGAUUGAUGAGUUUUUUUACUGAUUUACAGAUUGUCUCUACAGAAGUUACCAUGGCUGUAUUAAUAAGCAAAUACCAUUGGAAAUGUUCUAAAAUGUUAAUUUUUUUCUCACAUAAGCUAUGGAAUUACAUUUUAAACAAAACAAAAAAACAAAAAUGUUUUCGUCAUGUGCUGUCCAAAACUACAUUAUUGCCUAUCUCCCUUGUCUCCUAUAAUAUUAAUUGGUCUGCUUGAAUUGUGUAUAUUUGAUUUAUUAUCAGAAAUGUUAUGUUCUUCUCUCUUACAGCAAAGUACAUCGGCUGCUAUAUUGAUGACACAGCGAAAAGAGCACUUAGGGGAGUGUCCUUUUUUGACUACAAGAAAAUGACGGUCUUCCGUUGCCAGGACAACUGUGCUGAAAGGUAG